AUGCCACCACCCCGCCCGUCCGCAUUUCAGGUGUCCUAUCCGGAUGAAGAUACGAAAGACCGUUCUCUUGCGAGGGAAGUCAGGACCUAUGAUCCAAGUGUGGAAAGUCGAGCCGCACGCAAGCGAAAGCGAGAGAAAGAGGAUGCGGAGUUGGGAUUGGAUCAAAUUCGACCGCCUGCACAGGCGCAGCAAGCCUACUACUGCCCGACGGAGAAAGAGAUAUCGGAAGAGAUCUAUCACGCUCUUUCAGGUGCAGACGUCGACGGUCUGGAAAGCAGAAAACCUACAUCUCGUAGCAGAAAACCAUACUGCACGUUGGAUCAGUUCACCUUCUUCGAUCCUGGGUCUGUUCAUGGGCUGGUCGUUCUUGUAGACGACAACUCGACGUCGUCCUUCAGGGCAGACGCGGUGGGCCUGGUUACAUCUAUCGUCCUCAACGAGGAAGAUGCUGGCCAAGAAGACGACAUUGACAGCGAACAGCUGAUCCGGUUGAAGAAUCCGUCGAAGGUUCAGACGCGGCAGGUUCAUCAUGUUUUGGAGUUUUGCGUGGAGACGCCUUACGCCGUUUACGUCUUGGGAAGGCCGUCGCCGUUGUAUGAGACAACGUACGAACUAUUUAACACUGGGGAACGUCGCGCGAAUUUACUCCGCUCCGUCAUUCAACGUGAUCCUCCUGAUCUCACUGCACUGACGGGCAACAAAGAUCUUGCAGUCUUGAAAACAGAGAACCUCCAGAAAACCACGGUAACCCCCCUGAUCUACUCGUUGGCCAAAAAAUACUUCCUCGACGACUUCGAAAUGGUCGGGCGAUCUGUGGCAGAGGAAACUCCUCGGCAAGGGCUCCAGCGGCGCAUUGAUAUUCGCGAACGCGAGCGACUGAAAGAGCUUGUGAAGCGCAUACAUAACCCCCCACCUGGUCGCUGCGAAAACAGGAAAGAAGAUUGGCUUGACAGGAAAGGAUACUACGCUUCGCGGGUCAUGAUUGAUAAAGUGGAAUACUCGGUUGGAGAUACUAUCAUCGUACCCGAAGGACAAUGGGGCAAAGAGAAAGCUCAGCCUGUACCCGUGCCGGAUGAGCUUCCGUCCGAUGCAAGAAUGACGGACUACUGCUGGUUCGCGCGGAUCAUAUCAAUCAAUAUCGAACGUGAUAUGUUCCAUAUUCAAUGGUAUCAGGCUGGCGUCGAGACGUUGAUGGGCAGUGUGUCUCAUCCUUACGAGCUUUUCCUCACCGAGAUCUGCGACGAUUUUCCCUUCAAAUUCGUGCUAGGCGCCAUGAUUGUGCAUAAAGAUCUCCAACCCGAGAUAUCAAGAAGAUUCUUCUGUCGCAUGAUGUUUGACCUGGAGACUGCCGCCUACACCGACAUCGGACCAGACUAUUAUAAAGAGUGUACCUCUGCUCCACCACCUCAUAACUGCCUGGUGUGUCUCAAGAAAGAGGAGAUGGAUGAGCAGCAGACCGCGAAGGAACUGAAAGAUCCUGAAGGCUUCGCAUAUAUGAACCACAAGUACCAUAUGCACGACUUCGUCCUCAUCCGCACUUCGGACGGUCCAUGUGACAUAGGGCAGAUCACGGAGCUGAAACGCACCAGCUCUCAAUACCGAACCGAACAGAAGUUCAGCGUGGUGGUCCGAUUUUUAGGCCGAGUUGGUGAUGUCAAAGACAGGCCGCAGGGAAUUCUAAAGGAUGAGGUACAGUAUGAUCCACAAAGAGACUAG